CGAAACGUCGGAUCAUCUUCCAAAAAUGAAAUAGAAAAAAGCAAUAAAACAAGAGAGCGGGGGUUCUGAAAAUUUCAAAUCCCAUCGCCAGCCCGCUCGCCAUCUCACAUUUUCACUCCCCGCCUGGGAACGCGCAAGAGAAACCAAACGAGACAGAUCGGUAUCGGAGAGGAAGUCAAAGCAAAGAGAGGAUUCCGACGGAGAGCAGAUUGAGGAGAAAGUGAGAGUGCCAACUGGGAGUGUACCUGCGGAGAGACUACAAGUAGCGAAGAUUGCGUCGCCAGCUCCGUCUCCAUCCAGGGGCGGUGGAUCCAGCAGCAGAGCAAGAACUCGGCCGCCUUUUCUCUCUUCAUCAGGAAACGGAAGAAUGUCCGGCCGCGAGAAAGAGAAGGGUGUUAACGUUCAGGUCCUGCUUCGUUGCAGGCCGUUUAGCGAGGAUGAGCUGAGGAGCAAUGCGCCGCAGGUGGUGACUUGCAAUGAUUACCAGAGAGAAGUGGCGGUUUCACAGAAUAUCGCCGGGAAGCAUAUAGACCGAGUUUUCACAUUCGACAAGGUCUUCGGUCCUUCAGCUAAGCAAAGGGACCUCUAUGACCAGGCAGUAGUACCUAUUGUAAACGAAGUUUUGGAAGGUUUUAACUGUACCAUUUUUGCAUAUGGUCAAACUGGUACAGGUAAGACGUACACCAUGGAGGGAGAAUGCAGGAGGGCAAAGAGUGGGCUUAAUGGAGAACUGCCCCAAGAAGCAGGAGUUAUUCCUAGAGCCGUCAAGCAAAUUUUUGAUACACUUGAAGGCCAGAAUGCCGAAUACAGUGUGAAAGUUACUUUCUUGGAGCUUUACAACGAGGAAAUUACUGAUUUGCUUGCCCCAGAAGAAAUUUCUAAGGUAGCUUUGGAGGAGAAGCAAAAGAAGCCGUUACCACUUAUGGAGGAUGGGAAAGGUGGAGUUCUUGUUAGAGGUCUGGAAGAAGAAAUAGUGACAAGUGCAAGCGAGAUUUUCACUCUUCUGGAAAGAGGUUCUUCAAAACGCCGAACUGCCGAGACCUUACUAAACAAACAAUCCAGUCGUUCGCAUUCUCUCUUUUCCAUUACAAUCCACAUCAAAGAACCGUCUCCUGAGGGCGAGGAACUAAUCAAAUGUGGGAAACUGAAUUUGGUGGAUCUAGCUGGUUCAGAAAAUAUUUCCCGGUCUGGUGCCAGAGAGGGCCGAGCCAGAGAAGCUGGUGAAAUUAACAAAAGUUUGCUUACACUGGGCCGAGUCAUUAAUGCUCUCGUGGAGCAUCUUGGACAUAUUCCAUACAGGGACAGCAAGCUCACUAGAUUGCUUCGUGAUUCACUUGGGGGAAGAACAAAAACCUGCAUUAUAGCCACUGUUUCCCCUGCUGUUCACUGCUUGGAAGAGACAUUGAGUACACUGGAUUAUGCACACCGGGCCAAGCAUAUCAAGAAUAAACCAGAGGUGAACCAGAAAAUGAUGAAAUCAACCCUUAUCAAGGAUCUUUAUGGUGAAAUUGAUAGACUGAAGGCAGAGGUUUAUGCUGCUCGUGAAAAGAAUGGUGUCUACAUCCCCAAGGAACGAUACUAUCAAGAGGAGUCGGAAAGGAAGGCUAUGGCUGAUCAGAUAGAACAAAUGGGGAUCACUAUAGAAACUCAUCAGAAGCAACUUGAGGAAUUGCAAGAGAAGUAUGAUGUACAAGUUCGGCAGUGUUCUGAUCUAAGUACCAAACUUACUCACACAGAGAAAAACUUGUUGGAAACAAGCAGAUUGCUAGCUUAUACUGAAGAAGAACUGAAAAAGUGUCGUUAUGCACUGAACGAAAGGGAUUUCGUCAUUUCUGAACAGAGAAAAGCUGAAAAUGCUUUGACUCAGCAAGCUUGUGCUUUGCAGUCCGACUUAGAGAAAGCUCUAAAAGACAAUACUUCGUUGUUUGAAAAGAUUAGUAGGGAAGACAAAUUGCAUUCUGAUAAUAGAUCAGUAGUCAACAGUUUCCAUUCAGAGCUCUGUCAGCAGAUUGGUUGUCUUCGUAGCAUAGUUGCAAACUCAAUUUCUCAGCAGGACGAGCAUCUGCAGUGUGUUGGCAAACUCUGUAAUUCUUUUAGGGAGACCCAUGACAAGGCGGUUAAGGAAAUGAAGAAGAAAUUGACAAACACGAGGACAGUAUACAUGUCCCACAUUGAAGCAUUGCAAAAUGUGGUUCGUCUGCACAAGUCGAAUUCUGUUGCUGGCCUUGAUGAGAUCUCAACUUUGGCUUCCUCCAAUGCGCAGUCUAGUUUGGUUUGUAAUUGUCUCAUUUUGGUUCAGUAUCUAGCUUCAGAGGGUGUCCAAGCGGCUUCUGUAUUUGAUGAUCUCCAGAACGCUCUCUCAGCUCACCAGGGUGAAAUGGCCAUUUUCGCAAGGGAGCUACGUCAGAGAUUCAAUUCAAGUAGCGAGCAAACAAAGCAGAUUUCAGAUUACACAGAUGGAUUCCUUAGCAAACUAAUGGACCAAUCCAAAACUAUCCAAAAUCAUGUGACGGGAGUUGACAACAUCCAAAUGAAGAGCAUUGCUGAUUUUCAGAAAGCUUAUGAGGAACAAUCCAAAUCUGAUGCAGAGAAGUUUCUUGUCGAUGUCAGCAAUCUUUUUUCUAAUCACAUUCUCCGACAAAAAGAGCUGGUGAAUACAAGGCUUGAUGGUCUCAGAGAAGCAGCUGUUGAAAACCGGUCAUUUAUGGAUGGCCAAGUUUCUUCAUUGAAGAAUAUUGCCACGGAAGCGAAACGAAAGUGGCAGGAGUUCUGCGUCCAAGCUGAAAGUGACGCCAAGGGUGGUGCAGAUUAUUCUGCUGCAAAACAUUGUCGCAUGGAGAUACUCCUGCAGCAAAGUGUGACCAAUGCCGAAUCAGCUUUCCAGCAUUGCAAAAAGACUCGUGACUCUGUGAACGAAAUGUGCACCAAGCACGUCUCGUCUUUGUCUUCCCUCGUCAGAGAUGCAACUGAUCACAUCGAGCAGCACGAUGCUGAUAUUGAUUCAGCAAGGACAGCAGCCGAGCAUGAUGUAGCAACGAAUAACCAAGAAAUUCUUCAGCACAUUGAUGGUAUGUCAGCCCAAGAACGGGAAUCAGUUUCAGGCAUAUUGGGCACCGUCGAAGCACACACGAAAACGCUGGAGACAUUCCGGGAGGAUCACUCCGGCCAAGCGGCAGUUAUGGAGAAAAAAUCACAAGAAACCUUCCAGCAGCACUUUAUGGAUUAUGAUCCAACGGGGACGACUCCGAUGAGGACAGAGCCCGAUGUUCCAAGCAAGGGGACAAUCGAAUCCCUAAGAGCAAUGCCGAUGGAAGCAUUAGUGGAGGAAUUCCGGGAGAACAACUCUUACGACUCGUUUGAGGUGAAGGAACCCAAAACACCUCUCGUCCCACGCUCGCCGCUCGCCGAGAUCAAUUAGUUGGGGAAGGAAGAAAACAACUGCAUUCUGGCGGCCGAACUUUAUUCUUCUCCCAUAUUCAUAUACACACUUUCAGUAUGAUGCUUCAGUUUGUAGCUUUGCUUGUACCAUUACUGCGCACUCUCUCGUAGCCAUCCAUUAAGUUUCGGUUUCUGAGUAUUGGCUGUAAUGCAUGAAUAAAUCCCUUCUCGGGAUUUAACUAACUUUUUCCUGUCGUUGUAUCCGCCUAGCGGGGAAGAAUAUGUUCAAAGAGGCUAAAAUGCUAUAGACGACGACCUCUUCUAUACUCUUUGGUUUUAAGUAUACUAGUCAAGGACUCGGCUAGUUGGCCGGAAUUAGGCGUCAAUCACAUAAAUAGUAGACCUCG